AUGGUCAGGGAUGAUUUUGGGACACACUCAGGGGCUCAAAAUGAACCAAAUGAUGAGGCUAACCACUUUUAUGAACAGUUAAAGGAAGCUAGUCAUCCAUUUUAUAAAGGAUCAAUGCAUUCUAAGUUAUCUGUUACCGUUCGAUUACUGAGUAUUAAGUUAGACUAUUCAAUUUCUCAAGAGAGCAUGAACUCUAUCAUUGGACUUAUGAAUGAACUUAACCUAAACAAACUUGACUUACCUAAAGAUUUCUACACAACAAAGAAGUUGGUUUCUAAGUUAGGACUUUCAUCAGAGAUGAUUCACUGUUGUGAGAAAGGUUGCAUGUUAUUCUAUAAGGAAGAUGCAAAUUUAGAACAUUGCAAAUUUUGUAAUCAGCCUCAUUAUAAGGAAGUUAGACAUUCUAAAGGGAGGAAGGUUCCUGUGAAGUUUUUGCAUUACUUACCCCUUAUACCACGGUUAAAGAGGUUAUAUACAUCAAUGAGCUCUGCCCCUCAUAUGAGAUGGCACUAUGAAAAUAAAAGACCACCUGGUAUUUUAUGUCAUCCGUCAGAUGGAGAAGCAUGGAAGCAUUUUGAUAGUGUGUAUCCGAAUUUUGCUAGUGAACCAAGAAACAUUAGGUUGGGAUUAUCUAUUAAUGGAUUCACUCCAUUUUCUAUCUCAGCUACACCAUAUUUAUGUUGGCCAGUCUUUGUGACUCCUUAUAAUCUUCCACCUGAAUUGUGUAUGACGAGUCAAUAUAUAUUUCUAACUUGCAUUAUUUCAGGUCCUCGCAAUCCAAAAGUUUUGAUUGAUGUGUAUCUACAGCCAUUGAUUGAUGAGUUGAACUUAUUGUGGCAUGAAGGUGUGGAAGCAUAUGAUGUAUCAAUGAAACAAAACUUUGGAUUGUGUGCUACUUUGAUGUGGACUAUAAAUGACUUUUCUGCUUAUGGAAUGAUGUCUAGGUGGUCGACUGCGGGCAAGUUAGCUUGCCCUUGUUGUAUGGAAGACACAAAAGUAUUCACUUUGAAACAUGGGGGUAAAAACUCAUGGUUUGACUGUCACCAUCGAUUCUUGCCAAUGCAAUAUGAGUUUAGGAGAAAUACUAGUCAUUUUAUGAAGAAUAAGACUGAUUUUGAGGAGCCACCACCAAUUUUGUCGCGAGAAGAAAUUUGGGAUAGAGUGAGAAAUCUGCCUAAGGUAACAGAGUCUCCACCAGGAUACCUGGUUAUGGUGUAA